CUGAGACUGCAGCGGCUGAGCUGAUCAUUGUGUCUCUUACUUUCAAACUAGUCAUUUAACAACACCAAGGCGUGGAAACGAGCCAGUGCCAUCAACAAUGCUAAUGCAAUGUCUUGAGAGCUAGAGAUGAAUUUGAGAAUAGAGCGGAAAAAUGACAAUCAAUUCAAAAAUAUCUGCGAGGUUUUCUUUAUUAUCGUCUGUGUGUCGCUAAACUGGCUGACGGAUGCUACCUUCAUUUGGAAACGGUCGUUUCAUCAAGAGACCGAUGAAAAAACAUCAGACACGCAAGUAAAUUAGCAGUCCUUAGUUAAAGACCUAUCUCGCCAUUACAAUGACUGGAUAGUGUCAUAUACGGCACAGGGGACAUCAUGCAGGGACGACAGCAGUGUUUCACCUCAACUUUAACAACGAUGUUUCACUUCAAUAGCAUUUCGGAUUGCUAAUACAAAACACGCUUGCACGCGCUUCAAUCCGGAUUCUACCCACGAGAUUCAUCCCGGUUCAAUUCAAUUCAACCACAAAGUGUUGAAAAGCUCCAUGCAUUCGAAAAGGGAGAGGAGAGCGCUGUGCCGUGCUGGAUGGAUGGUUAUGGGGAAAGGAGCAGGACCAUCGGCGCUAGAAGUCAGCGAGUUCCUUGUGGUGAUUCUCUGCCUGUUUCCAGCAGCAACUCUGCAGUGUAAGAUCCUCAAGUGUAACUCUGAGUUCUGGGCCUCCACCUCCAGUUCUGGCCCAGAAGAGGAGUUCUGUACUGCUCUGCGAACAUACAACAACUGUGUCCGACGCACUGCCCGUACAUGUCGGGGCGACCUGGCCUACCAUUCAGCCCAACAUGGUAUAGAGGAUUUAAUGAGCCAACACAACUGCUCAAAAGAAGGGCCCACUACCCAACCUCGUGCAUGGACACCCCCUCCCCCAGCCCAACCAGCACCCCAACCAGACAUCCACAUUCCCUCAGAUGGGCCAGAGGUGUGCCACUAUGAGCGGAGUUUACCACGUCAUUCCGCAACUCCCAAUUACACUCAUUGCGGCUUUUUUGGAGACCCACAUCUUCGCACAUUCAGCGAUGACUUUCAGACCUGUAAAGUUGAGGGAGCCUGGCCACUGAUUCACAAUAAGUACCUGUCUGUGCAGGUUACGAACACUCCCGUUGUGCCUGGGUCUUCUGCUACGGCGACUAGCAAGCUAACAAUCAUCUUCAAGAACUUUCAGGAGUGUGUAGACCAGAAGAUGUACCAUGCAGAAAGUGAUGAGCUUCCAGCUGCUUUUGCUGAUGGUUCAAAGAAUGGCGGUGACCGCCAUGGGUCCAACACACUACGCGUUGUAGAAAAGGUCCCUGGACAACAGGUGGAGAUCCAGGCACGCUAUAUUGGCACCACUAUUGUAGUUCGGCAAGUUGGCCGCUACCUCACCUUUGCAGUGCGGAUGCCUGAGGAAGUGGUGAAUUCAGUGGAGGACCAGGACAACCAAGACCUUUACCUCUGCUUGCAUGGUUGCCCUGCCAACCAGCGAAUUGACUUCAGGACUUUCAGAGUACGGGCUGCAGAGAGCCAUGGCUUAGGCAGGGGGCGGCCAGGCGGCCCUGCCCAUGGCUUCACCUACCAGUCAGCCAUGGCCAAGUGCAAAGAACAUCUACCAGUCGAGGAUUUGUAUUUCCAGUCCUGUGUAUUUGACCUGCUGUCUUCUGGGGACAUCAACUUCACCCUGGCUGCCUACUAUGCCUUUGAGGAUGUUAAAAUGCUCCAUUCCAACAAGCACAAGUACCAUCUCUUUGAAAGGGAUACAAUAUUCAACUCUGUCUCCAAAAACAUUGGUUUUAGCUUCUUUGUCCUUUUCAGCCUUGUUACCGCAAAGUUGUUGACUGACUUGUGUUCCAUUUAUCUGUAGUCCCCAUUGGACAUCCUCAUUGUAUUAGAUGAUUGUAAGAAGCUGUGUGCACGUUAAAUGCUGCUCUCAUCGUGUUGCGUUCCAUCUACUGGAGGCUGGGUUUCUCAGCUAGAACCCAAGUUUCUGCAGAGAGCUUUCGCUCUUGUGUGUCUUAUCACGCUUAUCUUAGCCAUGGUAUCAUCAUGUACGUUUUUUCAUCUGGCCAGAGAAGGAGCAUUUCUGCAGCUCCACCCAUCACUGUGGUGAUCAUAACUGCACAGUAAUGGAGAAGGCAGUGCUAAGUGGUCCUGAGACAAGGCUCAGAUUAAACCCUCAACACUGACAGGAGAGAGAGGAGGAUGGUCAGAUGAGGCAGAAGAGUUUGGAAAUGUUCUUCAGUUUACUUUAUGCCAAGUGAGUGAUGAAAUAUGCUCUCAGAGCAAGGCUGGAGGACAUGAUAGGAGCUUUUAUUAAUGUCUCCUAAAGAUGGAGGUCUGGCAGGAGUUAACUCUUUAAAGAAGCUCCAUCAUUGGAAAAACAUUAGCUUUCUAGAGAAGCCCCCUGGCGAAGGCUAUGUCAGACUAGUAAGUCAUGUUGUCUACAGUGGAGAUUAAUUGGCCAUAACACCAGGCCUUUUGUAUAGUUGUGUGUGUAUGAGUGUAAGAAAAUUGUGUAUUGCAUGGGUGAUUAUAUGAAUGUUUGUGUGUGUGUCUGGUUCAAGUGUUUUUUAAUAGUUGUAUAUUGCAACCUAAUGUAGCUCUGGUUUGGUGUUCCAUGGGUCAGUAAGAAGUUUUACUGUCUACGUAGAGCUCUUUGCUACAUUUUAUAUUUUCAGUAUGUCCAUCAAACUGUCAGUCAGACUUGCACACACACUGCUUAGGUGUUAUAAUCUUCAAAAUAUUUAUUGUAUUCUCUCUAUUGUCAUAUUAGUUGUUUGAAUUCAGCCCAAAUGGAUUUUCAGGCACACAGAAAAUGACCCUUUUUUCUUUGAGUUUACAAAGUAAAUGACAUUGUUCUGUUGAAAAAUGAGUUCAAGCCAUACAAUGUUGUGGUCCACGACAGAGUUGUCCUGAGAAUAGCACACUUGCUUCCAAAAAACAAUUACAAAAUUAAAAAAUGAAUCAUGCCUGUUUGCAGUAUGUAACCUAUAAUUCAACAUAUCCAAGAGAGAACAAAGUUCCUAAUACAACUCCUCACAAGCUUUGUAGGCAGAUCCAUCAUUCAUCCUUACUGCUUCUUAAAGAGUAAGAAUCAUUCCCAAUUUCUAAAGGGUGUCGACAUGGCUGUGCUGUAGGCCCUGUUUAACUCACAACUCUGUAGAUCUGUGAAUUUAUGGUGGAGGCUUUUUGCCAAAGAACAAGCCCUAGCGACAGCAAUUUCCCAAACAGCUGAAUUUUUCCUUUCUCACUUUCAAAUGGAACCUUUGUGGUUCUCUUAAGUAUUUGGGCUCAAACCAGAUGUCCUGAUUGUGUAUAAUAAUGGAAGGUGCUGCUAACUACAGUGUGGUGGAUGGACUUUAGUGCAGGGAGCUAUUGGGGACAUCUGCCAUGCAUUUCUUAUGACAGUUUGAAAUGGUGGUAUUAUCUUCAGCCAUUAGCUGGCUCAUGCGCAUUGGCACUCAGUAUUGUCAAUAGCAGUAGCCGUAUUGGCACUCCAAACACAUGCUUAAACAGCACCACUAUUUUGAGGGAUGGGGGAUAUUGAAUAUGGACUUUUUGUCACAUCAUGAGUAAUUUCUCACAUCAAUUAACAUAAGCAGACUUUGCGGUUCAAAAAAUGUUGAAAUUUGCAGAUAUAACAUAUUCUAAAGGCUAAGCACAGAAAUGUUUGCUUUAGUGUAAUUCACAUAUUUUAAACAGAGCUGUAUCGACAGUAAUGUUCAAACAAGGCUGAUUUGGAAAAAACACACUAACUUCACCCUUGGUAUUGUCAAAGUUUUAAAGAGCAAGGAAAGGACUUUGAAAAUGAAGCCCAGAUCACAUCUGCAUGUGGCCUUCAUGUCCCGAUUUCUCUAAGAACAUCUGUCACACUCAUCUCUUAAAAGUGUUAAAGUUUUUCUUAGUAAGUAGUUUGAAUUAUGAAAUUAUGGUUUAGAUAUGAAUAAUACUUAAAAUAAUUAUUUGAGAGACAGAAUUGCUUCAUGGUAAUUUAUUCUUACACUGUAAAGUUUUGCGAGCCUUACUUCUACUAAGAAAGCUUGUGUUUGGUCCAGUUCAUGGCUUUAAAGAGAAAUUUGAAAGCAUACAAUAUUAUUGUAAUGACAUGUUUAAGUGUGGUUGUGUCGUCAGUGCUUUUUGGAUUUAAAUGUGUAAUUUGACAUGUAUAUAAGUUUGUGUGAGUUUUUGAUUUGGCAAAUAAUAUUUUGUGCCGUUAUUUUUU